GCAGUGCGGGACGCAUGCGCAGUGGGCUUCAGGGACACACAGCUAGCAGCCAGCGGGGCAAAGUACGUGGCAGACAGAGUGCAACAUGGAAGUAGCUGCUCUGGUCGCUUUGUCUUUAUUGUUAGGAGCUCUGGUUCUUCUGGUGGCCGUGGCCGUGGGGAGGCAGAAGAGCGUGGAGCGGGAGCAGACGGCGGAGCCGGCCGCUGAAGACAGUGUCACAAAGGCUCCUGUUUCCAAGAAGCAAAAGCCGGAAAAGCAGCGAACUCGAAAGGAUAAAGCUCAGCAGCACAGCUUCAGCCAUCAGCUCCUGGCAGCUGCACUGAAGAGCCACAGUGGAAACGUGACCUGCCUGGAUUUCAGCAGUAACGGAAAAUACCUGGCGUCUUGUGCCGACGACCGCACCGUCCGGAUCUGGAGCACCAAGGACUUCCUGGCCCGAGAGCACAAGUGUCUGAGGGCCAACGUGGAGCUGGACCAUGCCACGCUGGUCCGCUUCAGCCCCGACUCCAGGGCCUUCAUCACCUGGCUGGCCAAUGGAGACGCCAUUCGAAUCUUCAAAAUGCUGAAAAAGGAGGACGGCUCUUUUGCCUUCAAAGCUGCUCCUGAGGACUUCCCAAAGAAACACAAGGCCAGCGUCCUCAACAUCGGCAUUGCCGAGACCGGCAAGUUCAUCAUGAGUGCCUCCACGGACACCAGCAUCCACAUCUGGGACCUGAAAGGAGAGGUACUGGCCUCCAUCAACACUAACCAGAUAACCAAUUCAUACGCUGCCAUCUCCCCGUGUGGCAGGUUUGUUGCCUCCUGCGGGUUCACGCCUGACGUGAAGGUGUGGGAGGUUUGCUUUGGGAAGGGAGGCGAGUUUAAAGAGGUGGCACGAGCCUUUGACCUGAAGGGCCACUCAGCUGGGGUUCACGCCUUCGCCUUUUCCAACGACUCGCACAGGAUGGUGACGGUGUCCAAAGACGGAACGUGGAAGUUGUGGAACACAGACGUGGAGUACAAGAAGCAGCAGGACCCCUACCUGCUGAAGACGGUUCCCUGCGAGUCGUCCGAAGGAAGCCGCGUGGCCUUGUCCCCCGACGGCCGGGUGGUCGCCAUUAGCAACGGCUGCAACGUGGCCAUGUACAACGCCGCCAGCGGGCAGCUGGAGGAGGAGCUGCACGGCGUCCACAGCGAGGAAAUCACAGACCUGCGAUUCGACAUCAACGGGCGCUUCUUGGUCACCGGCGGCGACAGGGCUAUUCGAGUGUUUCACAACGCGCCGGGCUACCGGGCGGCCAUCAGGGACAUGCAGGACAUGCUGAAGAAGGCCCAGAACGAGGCCAUGAAGCAGAGACUGCAGCAGCAGAUCACAGAGGCUCAGAGCGCCCUGGACACUGUGUUGGCCGCUCCUGUGGACUGAGCCACACUCACAUCAAGCCCGCUCUCCGGUCUCGAUUCUGUCCCACUCGGACUUCAUCUCUGCGACUCUCUUUUGUAACAUGAUUCUGUUUCUCUGCCUCCAUUUCACUCAGUGGUUUGCAUUUGACUCUGCUCUGGGAACACUGACUCUUGCAUGCAGUUUUAAUAAAGAAUAUGUUUUUAUGGAAA